CUGACUUUGCAGUGGCGUCAUCGUUCUCACGGCCAAACGUCUCUUUCCUCCAGCUGCGUCAAUGCCGUUAGAGGAGUCGAGCCCCGUGAGAGACACGCGGGCAUCAGACGGCCGCGCGGCCGCGUCGCAGGAGGACGCGCGCAGGUUACGCGCCGACAACAGACGGGACGGUGGUCCAAGAGGUCAGCGGACGGCUGCUCUUCACUUUGGGGGUCACGUUGCCCAGAGCGACGGGGGAGCGGGUGACGCGGCGAGCGGCGGCCCGGCGGACGAGCGUUUGGAAACGCAGCCGUUCGUGGACAACAGUUUGGCUGCAGCAGGAGGAGGUGAGAGUGCCGCACGUGCCCCCGACGAGCCAGAGGAUUCGAACCAGCAGCCUUCUGCAGACCUCCACAAUGUCAACCAGCCUGCGGUAGCUGAGGGAGACGAUCAUAUGGUCCAUGAACGUCUGAGCAAAGUAGAACAUGAAGCAGAACGCCGGAACAGCGUCACAUCUGGAGCUGCAGAUGUGAAGGCGCCGCCGUGUCAUCAGGCGGUUGCUCGGGUGGAGAGUGAGGGUCAAAGAGCUGCUCUGGCAAACGAAGACAUGGCUCCAACAACGGAGAGUUGCUCCAUUGCUGCUCACGAAAAUGAAUGCGUGGCUGUCACUCUGAACGACUCUCCUACUGAAGGAGAAGAUGAGCGUUUGAGUGUCUGGAGUGACCCUGCAGACGCGCUGCAGCAUCCAGUUGAAGUGAUUCACUCCCAUCAUCGAUGCACAGCUUCAGAUGACGUUCCAGGUCCUGUUUACAGAGACGCUGCAACGCAUCCACACACUGGAAACGUGUUAAAUAUGGAGUCUGUGAACGUUCAAGCACCAGAAGAGAGUCUGUGUCCCCAAGGGGAGGCACAGGAAGACAGCGUGACCUUUGACCUCCACUGGCAGGCUAUAGCAGCAGCACGGGCUGAACUGACAGAGCCAUGUGCACAAAUUCAAACAGAUCUAAAUGCAUCAACUGCACAAACUGAAAGACAGAAAGUCAUGACCUCUGUGGGUGUAGAUGAAAUUGGAGUUAAAAACAAUUUCACAACACGUGCAACAUCACUGGAAGCUCAGGCAGAAACCCAUGAUGCGGCAGAACGAGGUAAUUUAGAGAGCUGCGUGUUUGAAGAUGAAAUAAUUCACCCAGCUGAUAGUGAGGCUGGUGCUGAGGUCGCAGGGUCGAUGACAAAAGCAGAUCACACACGUGGUGACACGUUUGUGCAGUUCAAAGAUAAACCUAUUAUUGUUACCGAACACACCCAGCAUUGGGAAAUGAAAGCAGCUGUUGCAGCCGUGGAGGAGUCGAGCCCUGCACAACCUGCUGACUGGGAAACGACUGGGCUGGUUGAAGAGAAAGAGCAAAAUGUAUCAACAGACGAAGAGAAAACUGAGACGACCGGUUCAAAGUCAGAAGAUGCUGAAGCAGUGGGACGUCUGGAGGACACAGCUGUAGAAAAGGAGGUAGAAAAGGCACAAACUGGUGAAAAAGCUGAAGAGAGAGAGGCUGAGGAUGCAGAUGCUUUAGAGGACCAACAAAACGCUGAAGGGGGAGAAAACAGGAAAAUGAUGGCUAGGACAGAUGGAAAUGCUGAAGCCACACAGAUAAAAACAAUAAUAGGAGAGAAUGAACCCACUGAAGGAUGCGUGACAGAGAAAAGAGGGGACAAAAGGACAAACGUGCAAAAUGAAGAGGAAACAGAGCCUGAAAAACAAACGGAAAUAGAGUUGAGAGGUGAAGCUCAGGCAGGCGCGCGGCGGGAAGAUGGGGUAAAGCCGGAGGACCACACCGAACACAAUCAUCUGGAUUACGUGGGAGAAGUGCUGGUUGCAGAGGGAAGAGGUGCGGAGGCAGACCCACGGGGCGUGACCUCAGCCGCCGCAGAAGAUGGAGCGGGCCGGCGCCGGGGGAGACGGGCCAUUACGCAGAAUGAGGUCGCGGCGGGUUCGUCGGCUCUGCUGAGCAACACGCCGGGCGAAGACCAAGGGGAUGCGGGAGGAGACGCGUCGGCCGAGUCCGACUCCGACGACGAGGUGGAGCUGUACAUGCGCUGCCUGAGGGCGGUGCACGCCGGGCCGGCGCCGGGCCGCGGGGACGGGGGCCGGGGGCCCAGCGCGGGCCGGAGCAGGAGCCGGUCCACACACAUGCCUCCCAUCAGCGAGGCCCUGGACGAGGAGCAACCCCUCAGCUGCCCGCUGUGUGAGGACGCUGAGAGGCCGCGCGUCCAUAAACGCGUCUCCUGCUGGAAAGAAGCUUGUUCCUGCAGCAGCAUCUCAAAGGCUCUGCUGUACGCCUCCUCGCUGGUGGUGUUCUUAGUUGUGGCAUACCAUUAUGACUUUCUGGCCUGCUUUGCCCUCUACUUGGCGUCAGUGGUUUGGCUCUGUUGUCAAGGAGACACAAGAACAACAAGAGGUUAAAAUAAACAGCAUUACAUGAAUACAGAAGUUAUUGGAAUUCUGAUUUGAUCCCCUGCUAGAUUUAGAAGCUAUGAUGUAAUUUAGCCCUUGAUAUUUGUAUAAUUAACAUAAUUGCAACAAAUAAAAAUGACUAAUAAUGGGCAUUGACUUCAAGCACAUAUAUCACACAUAUCAUUAAAUGCUGUAUAUUCCCUAUGUGAGGAUGUGAACUCUUAUUAUUCUAUUUAUUAUUCAUUCUUCUUCAAGCUUUACUGUACAUAAAACAAAUGAUUUGGCCAACAGGCUGCGGACCACCCCACACUGCUCACUUCUGCUCAUGUAAAUGGCCUGCUGUGUGCAUGGAUGCCAGCUAAAUGUUUUGUGGGUGACUCGUUAUAAGUGGAUUGAAUAAAUUUUACAAGAAACAUG